GGAGAGGGAGCAUUGAAGAUGAUAGGCAGAUUUUAUAGAGAAAUUCCCAUCCUUGGUGGGAGUCCAUCUUAUAAAAUCAUCCAAAUCAGAAUUAUAAGAGAUGAUAGGAGAUCAUCAUCCAAUAAACUUUUCAUAUCGUCGGUCAAAAUAAUGCUUUUAAAAAAAGAUUCCAAAAAAAUAAAAAAAUAAAAAAAUCCUCUUUUAUGACCCUUUCCAAAUUCUUCUCUCUCCUCAGCUAAAGGUACAUUUCCAUGACAUGUCUCAAAUUCCUCCAUUUCUGCAACUCUCAUCACUCAAAUCACCAUUUCCAUGGCUUACCUAAGACCCAUCUGCUGCUCCUCCAUUUUCACUUCUCAUGCUUUUCUCUCUCCUCUCUCACUCACCCACUUCCAAUUUUUUAUUACAACCAUUAAAAGAUUACAUUUUCAAUCCCCUUUUCUCUGAGUUACAAUUCUAAUUUGCCCCUUUUAAUGAAUGUUUUCUCAAUUUGAGCUUCUAAAGCCCCAAAUUCUCAUGUUUACUUCCAAAAAAGAGUGUGCCCAUCUCAUUUUCUUGAUGAUUUGUAGCAGAAUAUGAUGUUAAAGUCAACUCUUUAGCAUUAAAGAAAGGAUUUUUACUGGGUGCCCACCUUAUAUUCUUGUGAUCUGGCUGUAAUUCUCUUGAUCUCUUUGUUGUUGUUGAAUCUAUAUGCAUUUGGGAGCAAAACCCAUGAUUUUAAUUUAUUGUGUUCAUUCACUUUCAGCUGGGAUUUUAUUGUGGUUUCUAGGGUUUAACAUUGUAGGGGUUCUUGUUUAAUUUGGGAAAAUACCCCCCAUUUGUUAUACUUUUAGUUUUAUGUUGUUGUAUUAUUUAGCUGAUUGGAAAGAUAAAUUAUUUGGGCUAGAUAGUGUAGAUUUUUGCCCCUGAGAGGUGUAAUUAGGGUUUGUUUUGUGGAAUUUGAUUGAUAUUGUGAGUUUUUUUUCGGCAAAUGGCGGAAAACGGUGUAACUUUUGUGGAAUGGAGGGAAGAAUUUGUGUCUCAGGAGAGAGGCAGCAGGAUUGUUCAUUAUAUAUUGAAAGAUUAUUGUGGGAAAUCUAUACUUGCUGUGGUUGGCACUGAGAGGAGUCUUAGGCACAUGGUUUAUGUUGUUGCUGAGGAUUUUUUGAGUUAUUCUGGCACUGAUAAUCCUGUGCAAGCUGGGUUUAAAUGGAGAUCAAGAAGGGAGGUGGUUGACUGGCUUACAUCCCUGCUGGCCAAGCAGCAACAAGCAGAUUCUCCAAGUGGUGAUUCAACCCAUUCUUUAGGAUCUUCUGAGCUAUUAAGUGCUCAAUAUUUCACUACAGACAAAAUGGAUCGUCGGGUUAAAAACUUGAAGCAAUCCUACUCAGAUGUUGUGUGGAUAGGUGCUGCAUGGACUUGUGGAAAGCAGCUAAAACACUACCCAGCAUUUUGCAGGAAUGGUACUACAAUAGCAGUUCAAGCAUUUGUAUUUGUGAUGGCUAAAGAGGGAAAUCGUUAUGUUGCCUAUCUAGAGGAUAUGUACGAAGAUAAGAAGGGGAUGAAGAAAGUUAAAGUCAGAUGGUUUCAUCACAGUCAAGAAGUGAAGGGUAUAGUUCGUAUACGGAAUGCUCACCCGAAGGAAGUUUACAUUACACCUUACACGCAGGUGAUAAGUGUUGAGUGUGUUGAUGGUCCUGCUAUAGUCUUAACCCGUGAGCAUUUUGAAAAAUGCUUAGAGGGCCUUCCAGAUGGUUUGCUGGGAAAGCUACAUCUUUGUUGCCGUCAGUUUAGAAGUAACAAAAUUAAACCAUUUGAUCUUAGGAAAUUGCGGGGUUAUAAUAAUCAGCCUAUUAUUUCUUGUUUAGAGUCUGAUUCCUUUCUGAAUUCUGACUCUGUAUGCCGUGGGGUGAUUGGGAAUAAAGUUAAGAUGUUUGGAUCAAAUGAUAAUGUAGCAAAAGGGACUAAGAGAACUAGGAAUUAUGGGGACAGAGAAAGCUUUUUGACAACUCAUGGUGCGGAAGGCUUUGAAAGGAAGAAAUUUAUGCGUGGACCAUUUUCUAAGAAUGGUAACACUGAUGCUUGCGAUAAGAGGUUGUUUUCUUUAAAGAAUGGGGAAUUCCAGCGGUCACACAUCCAGUUUUUUAAGGUAGAUGACAAAAUAGAGCUACUGUGCCAGGACAGUGGCAUUCGAGGCUGUUGGUUUAGAUGUAUUGUCUUGGAGAUAUCUCGAAAGCAGAUGAAGCUCCAAUAUAGGGAUCUGGAGGACCAAGAUGGAUGUGGAAACCUUGAGGAAUGGAUUCCAGCUUUUAGGAUGGCUGCACCAGAUAAGCUUGGCAUGCGAUGUCCUGGACGACCUACAAUCAGGCCUUGUCCUCCCAUCAGCGAUGCCAGCGAUGCUGUAGAUGUUGAAUUUGGAAUUGGAGCUCCUGUGGAUGCAUGGUGGAGUGAUGGCUGGUGGGAAGGUGUUGUAACUGUAGUUAACAGUGCCAGAAAUGAUAAAGUACAGGUUUAUGUUCCAGGUGAGAACAAGUAUUUAGAUGUACUUAGAAAGGAUCUCAGAGUUUCCCGAGAUUGGUUGGGUGGAGAAUGGUUUGAUGUUAAGGCGAAUCCUAAUAUACUUUCAGAUAUCAAUGCUGAAGCUACACAACCUAUAGUCUCAAUCCUCGGGAAGGAAAAUGCUGCUGAUGAUUCUGCCGUCAAAAUUAAAGACAAUGAAAAUGAGGAUAACUUAGUUGACUUGCCUGCUCCAGCCUCUUCUGUUGGCCAUGCCGAACAAAUUUCCUCUUCAGACAAAGAUGAUCAUAAUGCUGGUCACCAUGUCAAUGACAAAAGUGAUGAUGUCAGCUUGCAAGACCAUGUCAAUGACAAAAGUGAUGAUGUCAGCUUGCAAGAUUUGUGCUGCGAUGUUGAUGAUCAGAAAAUUGUUGACGAUGAAGAUGAUGGUUGUAAGGAGGGUGAAUCAGGUACCGAUGAUGUGGAAACUGCUGCACAGGCUGAUGUGGAAACUGCUGCUCAGGCUGUAGUGGAAAAUGCUGCACAGGCUGAUGUGGAAAAUGCUGCACAGGCUGAUGUGGAAACUGCUGCUCAGGCUGAUGUGGAAACUACUGCUCAGGCUGAUGAAGUUUUGGAAUGCACAGGUGUCGCUUAGAGGCUAGAGCUGUUCCUCAAACUGUUAUUGUACAAACUAGUGUAGAUUUCCUGUAGCGAGCGAGAGGUGAUGUUGAUGGCAUUUGAUCUUGCAUUUGAGACAAUACUCCCAGGUGUACAGCAAUUAGGUGAGUCUUCCAAAUUGGUUUUCUUAGUUAAAUUCCUAGGAAAUGCCUUGGAUCAAAUUCCAGCUGUUAUAGAGUACCUUUUAAGUGAAUUAGAUUUUAUGUUUCCUGUUGUAACGUUAAGGUGAACUUCUAGUUUGUAUGAUCUAAAGUCGUAGUGAAAUAAACUUUCAGCCACCACUUAAUGUU